AUGAUCCUAUACUUCUGGUCGGACUUUACUAUGAAUGGUAAAGGUAAGUUUCAUAGUAAAUGUAUAGAAGGCGAAUUAUUGCGAUCCACCUUGGAUUUAAAUAUACCGGUAAUUAAUGGACUCACUGAGAGUAUAGAUGUCACAGCAGGUGUCAAGCAGGGUUGCUUGCUUUCCCCACUGCUGUUUCUGAUGGUGCUUGACGACGUGAAGUGCAGGGUUACCAGCAGAGGUCGAAGAGGCUUGCCUUGGACAUCUGAAAACGACCUCGAGGAUAUCGACUUUGCAGAUGACCUCUGCCUUAUAGCAACCACGCGUGAGCAACUCCAAGACAAGGCAGAAGAUUUAGCAGAAGAGGCUGAAAAGGAAGGAUUGCGCAUUAACUACAAUAAAACAAAGGAAAUGUGCUAG